GGGACCGUCUGUCGCCGGGCCCCCUCCUCUUCACUCCUGGCGCUCCAGCGUAAAGUCCACCGGAGCGCUGCGGGGGGCUGCUUACUCCGCCCCAGACCUGUCGGCGAAAGGUAGUUUAUGCCAACGUGGCUUCAUUCAUACAGAUGAACCAAGGAUUGGGAUAGCAGUUUAAAAUUAGAAUCAUACAGCUGACUGCCCAACAGGAUGCCAUCAACUAACAGAGCUGGCAGUCUAAAGGACCCUGAAAUUGCAGAGCUCUUCUUCAAAGAAGAUCCAGAGAAGCUCUUCACAGAUCUCAGAGAAAUUGGCCAUGGAAGCUUUGGAGCAGUAUAUUUUGCACGAGAUGUACGUACCAAUGAAGUGGUGGCCAUCAAGAAAAUGUCUUAUAGUGGAAAGCAGUCUACCGAAAAAUGGCAGGAUAUUAUUAAGGAAGUCAGGUUUCUACAAAGAAUAAAACAUCCCAACAGUAUAGAAUACAAAGGCUGCUAUUUACGUGAACACACAGCAUGGCUUGUAAUGGAAUAUUGUUUGGGAUCCGCUUCAGAUUUACUAGAAGUUCACAAAAAGCCACUGCAAGAAGUGGAAAUAGCAGCAAUAACACAUGGUGCUCUCCAGGGAUUAGCCUACUUACAUUCUCAUACAAUGAUCCAUAGAGAUAUCAAAGCAGGAAAUAUCCUUCUGACAGAACCAGGCCAAGUGAAACUUGCUGACUUUGGAUCUGCUUCCAUGGCAUCCCCUGCCAAUUCUUUUGUGGGAACACCAUAUUGGAUGGCCCCAGAAGUAAUUUUAGCCAUGGAUGAAGGACAGUAUGAUGGCAAAGUUGAUGUAUGGUCUCUUGGAAUAACAUGUAUUGAACUUGCGGAAAGGAAGCCUCCUUUAUUUAAUAUGAAUGCAAUGAGUGCCUUAUAUCACAUAGCCCAAAACGAAUCCCCUACACUACAGUCUAAUGAAUGGUCUGAUUAUUUUCGCAACUUUGUAGAUUCUUGCCUCCAGAAAAUCCCUCAGGAUCGUCCAACAUCAGAGGAACUUUUAAAGCACAUGUUUGUUCUUCGGGAACGCCCUGAAACAGUGUUGAUAGAUCUUAUUCAAAGAACAAAGGAUGCAGUAAGAGAGCUGGACAAUCUGCAGUAUCGAAAAAUGAAGAAACUCCUUUUCCAGGAGGCACAUAAUGGGCCAACAGUAGAAGCACAGGAAGAAGAAGAGGAACAAGAUCAUGGUGUUGGCAGGACAGGAACAGUGAAUAGUGUUGGAAGUAAUCAGUCUAUUCCCAGUAUGUCUAUCAGUGCCAGCAGCCAAAGCAGUAGUGUUAACAGUCUUCCAGAUGCCUCAGAUGACAAGAGUGAGCUAGACAUGAUGGAAGGAGACCAUACAGUGAUGUCCAACAGUUCUGUAAUCCAUUUAAAACCGGAGGAGGAAAAUUACAGAGAGGAAGGAGACUCUAGAACAAGAGCAUCAGAUCCACAGUCGCCUCCCCAAGUAUCUCGUCACAAAUCACACUAUCGUAAUCGAGAACAUUUUGCAACUAUAAGGACAGCAUCUCUGGUUACAAGGCAAAUGCAAGAACAUGAGCAGGACUCUGAGCUUAGAGAACAGAUGUCUGGCUAUAAGCGAAUGAGGCGGCAACAUCAAAAGCAACUGAUGACUCUGGAAAAUAAGCUAAAGGCUGAAAUGGAUGAACACCGCCUCAGAUUAGACAAAGAUCUUGAAACUCAGCGUAACAAUUUUGCUGCAGAAAUGGAGAAACUUAUCAAAAAACAUCAGGCUGCUAUGGAAAAAGAGGCUAAAGUGAUGACCAAUGAGGAGAAAAAAUUUCAGCAACAUAUUCAGGCCCAACAGAAGAAAGAACUGAAUAGCUUUCUGGAGUCCCAAAAAAGAGAGUAUAAACUUCGAAAAGAGCAGCUUAAGGAGGAACUGAAUGAAAACCAGAGCACCCCUAAGAAAGAAAAGCAAGAAUGGCUUUCAAAGCAGAAAGAGAAUAUACAGCAUUUCCAAGCAGAAGAAGAAGCUAACCUUCUUCGGCGUCAGAGACAAUACCUGGAGCUGGAAUGCCGUCGCUUCAAAAGAAGAAUGUUGCUUGGGCGCCAUAACUUGGAGCAAGACCUUGUUAGGGAGGAGUUAAACAAAAGACAGACUCAGAAGGAUUUGGAGCAUGCCAUGCUACUGAGACAGCAUGAAUCCAUGCAAGAGUUGGAGUUCCGCCACCUCAACACAAUUCAGAAGAUGCGCUGUGAGUUGAUCAGAUUGCAGCAUCAAACUGAGCUCACUAAUCAGCUGGAAUAUAAUAAACGAAGGGAACGAGAACUAAGGCGAAAGCAUGUCAUGGAAGUUCGACAACAGCCUAAAAGUUUGAAGUCUAAAGAACUCCAAAUAAAAAAGCAGUUUCAAGAUACCUGCAAAAUCCAAACCAGGCAGUACAAAGCAUUAAGAAAUCACCUACUGGAGACUACACCAAAGAGUGAGCACAAAGCUGUUCUGAAAAGACUCAAGGAGGAGCAGACCCGGAAGUUAGCCAUCCUGGCUGAGCAGUAUGAUCAUAGCAUUAACGAAAUGCUGUCCACACAGGCUCUGCGUUUGGAUGAAGCACAGGAAGCGGAGUGCCAAGUUUUGAAGAUGCAGCUGCAGCAAGAAUUGGAGCUGUUGAAUGCAUAUCAGAGCAAAAUCAAGAUGCAAGCUGAGGCACAACAUGAUCGAGAGCUUCGGGAGCUUGAACAGAGGGUCUCCCUCCGCAGAGCACUCUUAGAACAAAAGAUCGAAGAAGAGAUGUUGGCUUUACAGAAUGAACGCACAGAACGAAUACGAAGCCUGCUAGAGCGUCAAGCCAGAGAAAUUGAAGCUUUUGACUCUGAAAGCAUGAGACUAGGUUUUAGUAACAUGGUCCUUUCUAAUCUCUCCCCUGAAGCAUUCAGCCACAGCUACCCAGGAGCUUCUGGUUGGUCUCACAAUCCUGCUGGGGGUCCAGGACCUCACUGGGGUCAUCCCAUGGGUGGCCCACCACAAGCUUGGGGUCAUCCAAUGCAAGGUGGACCCCAGCCAUGGGGUCACCCCUCAGGGCCAAUGCAAGGGGUACCUCGAGGUAGCAGUAUAGGAGUCCGCAAUAGCCCCCAGGCUCUGAGGCGGACAGCUUCUGGGGGACGGACGGAGCAGGGCAUGAGCAGAAGCACAAGUGUCACUUCACAAAUAUCCAAUGGGUCACACAUGUCUUAUACAUAACUUAAUUGAAAGUGGCAAUUCCGCUGGAGCUCUCUGCCAAAAGAAACUGCCUACAGACAUCGUCACAGCAGCCUCCUCACUUGGGUACUACAGUGUGGAAGCUGAGUGCAUAAUGGUAUAUUUUAUUCAUUUUUGUAAAGCGUUGUUUUGUGUUUACUAAUUGGGUUGUCAUAGUAUUUGGCUGCCGGGUUUGAUCUUUUUUUUUUUUUUUAACUUUUUGGGGAAAUUUUGAAAAGGAAUUGAUAUUAAACAUUUCAUGUAUGUAGUAAAAUGAAAUUGGCUAUAAAGGGGGUAUUUUCUGAAUACUGCAAAAAUAAAAUGCAGCAAAAGUGGCUUGAAUCAUCACUUUAGGGUAUCAUAUCCUGAGAAGUUUGUGAGAAAAUCUAAAGCUAUCCUCCAUAUUCAAAAUUUUUAUGAGCCACUGACAGCAGGCAGCAUAUGCUGAAACAAGCUAUUGGAGUACACCUGCACCUCCUCACCAAUAUAUUAUAUUUUCUUUAUUAAAUUGAUCUGACUUCUCAGCCUCAUUUGGAUUUUAAAAAUCAGAAAUCUAUGAGCACUAAAGGGUUGUGUUGACCUUUUCAAAUCAUAGAAAAUAACUUAGUUCUUUUCUGAAUGCUUCAUAAGUUUGUCAAUGAUUUUUUCAGAUCAGUUGUGCCUUCUUUGUGUCACAGCAAGUUGUAAUUGCUUAAGGAGAUCACAAGCUGUAUAGGGAUUACAUGAACCAACCUGUAAGCCUUUAAAGGGGAAGACCAGCAGAGUGAGGGGGCCCCUGAAAGUUUAUAUGAUAAGUAUGUCUAGCAGCAGCAUGAGGAGAUGAAGUAUAUGUUUCUUGACAUUUGUUGCUUAUACUGUGAUAUCUUAUCCUAGCUAAGCUCUAAAAGUCCCAACAUCCUGAACAGUACUUUUACUUUGUACUGAAACAAAGACAGAAAGCCAAUCCAAAUCAAAUGCCAGAGUAUUUGAAUGAUGCCAUAUUUGCAAACUGCCAUCUAUGGGAAUUUUCAUCACACUACAUAGACAUAAUUUGACUAUCCCCUUUUGGCUUAUGGGAUUUCCUGUUUACAAGUAGACUAGUCAAUUAUUUAAAUGUUUAGUUGCCAUAGUGAACCAGGAGCCACUGAGCCAAUGACUACCAGCUGCUGACUAAUCCUCAUCACCACUGUAGAUUUUGCUGCAUCUGCAGGUCCUCUGUUUUAUAAUUGCUGUUUUUGUUGCUGCAGUGCUUUACAAACUUCUAGUUCAUUGAGACUUAGUGACUAUUUGGAAUCAUGUUAACAUCACACAAUAGGAAACACCACUCCAGAAGUCUCAAGCCUCAGUGCUAAAAUACUACUGAAAAGGAGCUAGGAAGUUUGGCAAAUGAAAAAACAAAACGACAAAAAAAAAAGUAAAAGUAAGUUAUAAUGGUCAGGGAAUCUCUUGACAAAAGCUAACAUUUGGUGGGGGGCAUUUUUAAAAAACUUGUUCUGUUUUACAAUGAAGGAUCAACCCGAUGUUGAAAGUCAGAUAUUACUUGGUAUUUCCAUGUGUAUGUAGAAGUUGAGUUGGAGAUGGGUGGGGAGCUGUGAAUAUGACUUGAAGAAAAAAAUGUUCUCUUUAGUUAUGGAUCAGAGUUUCUUACAAGUUAUUGUCCUGUCCCCUACCCCCUUGUCUUGAAGAACCCUUUUUUUUAGGUCUUGAAGAACUCUUGCUGCUAACUCUGGAUCCUGCUUUUCAUAUACUGAGAGGGCUCCAAGAUAAGACUCUCUAUGUCCCUCAUAAUAAUACUCUUUAACCCUAGACCAAACUAAUGACCAAAUUGUAAUCUGUUAGUUUUCUCAAACAGAUUUUUAAGUUUUCCCUAGGUACUGUAUGUCAGCCCAGUCUCCAUGAAUCUUUCCCUGUAGGAAUUUCUGACAUCGAUUGAUUUGAAGGUAAUUAUAAGAAAAUGAAUGCAUUAAUAGAAAUCCUUUAAAAACCAAAAUCAAAAUGGAGUUCACACAUACUUCUAGCCAGUGUUUCAAGUAGAAUUCUGAUGUGUCGUCCUCUUGGCCAUGCUCCGGAUCACCAGUUUUUAGGUAAGCUUGACAUAUAUUUGUCAUAGCUGAUAAAAAGGCUUUUAGUCUUUUUUAUUUGCAUUCAACUAUUAUACAGUAUUUCAACAAGAAAUCUACCUAUUUGGAGAAAAAUUAUAAGAGCUUUAGAAAUAAAUGAAGUAUGUAGAAAUGUGAUAGACUUUUAAUACCUUUAUAAAUGUUCUUCAAAGAUCUGGCCCCCCUCAACUACUGGAGAGGUAGAAUAAGGAAUCAGAUCAGAUUUGCUUACAAAACCUCUUGCAAACUCAAAGUACUACCAGUGAUACACUUUUAAAUCCACUUGUGAGCUUCAGUAAGGCUAAUUGAGUUAUUGAGUUCAUUCACAUCAAAUGUACUUAAAAAGCAUGAUUGAAUACUGACUCCAGAGGUCUGUCCAGUUAGGGUUUGUAUCUGAUUUGUGUGACAACUAGUUUUAUAUUGUAGGAUAUCAUACCUGGAUUAUAUCAUUAAUUUUAAUUUAGAUAUAUGUAGUUUGCAACAAUGAUUUAAAUUAAUUGGGUUUUUUUGUGUGUUUUGGGGAUGUUAACUUCUGACAAAUCUCAUGAUAGGAAUCAUCAUAGAAUAAAACUAGUAGCAGGAAGAUAUGAAGGGUUUUAAGAUACCCUGAAGAAAGAGCAAGCACUUUCUGAAUCUGUGUGCAAAUGUCAGAGUUUAAUCAAACUAACACUACCUCCUCCCUAGUGUUGGUGUUCACUCAUAUAUGUGUUUAAGAAAAUUAAAAGCAUGGGAAAUUUGUGUAGCAUAUCAGAAUUUGUAAAUGUUAUAUCUGGUAUCCAGAGCCUGGCAGUGAAAAGUUUCUUGUGUUUGCCCUUAUCCUUUUUUUUGUGUUAGCAUUUUAAAAAUGCAAAGCCUCAUAUGUUGAAUCAUUUUUAUUCCUAAUUAGAUUUUCUUCCCUUUGCACAUUUUUCUUCUUUUUAAAAGUCAGUUCUAACUCCAAAUUAGAGUAUCUAAAAGCAUUUUCACUAUAUAGACAAUGUUAGGUUAAGAAUGUGUUUAUAUUAUUUUUAUCAGAGCUGACGUUCUUUUUAGUCAUUUCUAUACAUAAAGAAUGGCCCUGUAUUUACAGUCACACCCAUAGGUGAAAUUGACGUAAGUAUUUUGAACUUAAACAUAGUAAUGAUUUUCAGCUGGCUAGACAUAGGUACACACUAUUCAAACACUAAAGAUGCUUUCCUGGACACUCCCAUUUCUAUCAAUUUUUCUCAAGCCCUGCCCCUCUUUUCCAAAAUUGAAAUUGCUGUGUCUUUUUUUCAGACCAUAAGAUAGACUUUAGUAACUUUCUGCUUUUGUAAGUACUAAAUGUCUGGCAUUUUAAACUUUUAUAAAAUACAUUGUGUUGGACACUGGAAUAAUACUAUUUAUUUUCACCUGUGAAGAUGACUUCAUUGUACUUGAAACACCUCCUUUGCAAUUCUCCAUUUGUGCCAUUCACUAGUGGAAAUAAAUUGUAUUAUACCAUGAUCUACUGGCUUUUUAAAACUGUGUUAAAUAUGCACAUUUUUGGUAUAGCUAUUAUCAUUUGUAUGUAUAUACUGUAUAUACAUAUGAGUGUCUAUAUGUGUGUAUAGAUGGAUGGAUGUAACUCAUACUGUACAUUUCCAUCAGGGCACUUAAGGUUCUGUUGUUUUUGUUUGGUUUUAUUUCAGUCCUCGGUAAAGGCAAUAAUCCGGGUGUGUUUUUUUAAAGUACUCUGGGUUGAUAUUUAUGAAAAGGUGAUCAUUGGAUUCAAUCUUUUCCUUUUUAAUCCCUCUUAGCACUUGAGUGAGUGGAGAGAAAAGUUAAAAAAAAAAAAAAAAAAAAAUGGAACCAUAAGUUGUAGUGCAGUAAAAUAGUGCUGGGGAAGAAGCCAGUUGGUGUUUCUGUGAGUUUUGUGUUGUGAUGUGACAAAAGAUGAGUGAUGACAAAGAAAAGUGAAUUGUGGAGAGAACACUGGUAGUAAUUUCCUCUGCAAAGAUGAUAAAAAGAACCAGUAAAUCACAAUCUUUAUAUAUUAUGUAUUUCUUAGUGAUGCCAUGGAUCUUUUUUAUUCCAUUAAUACUAGUAAUUGUAUAUUUUGCUGAGGAUCUGAACAGCCAAGAAAGGAAUUACAACUAAAACAUCUAAGGUUCUCUUGAACUGUACAAUCAAUAGGAAAUGGCCACUGAGAGCAGAUUAUGGUAUUGGUGUGAGGAGCUUUCUGUUUUUAGCUGCCUCUUCUUGCUUGCUAAUAGUAAGUUCUUUGUGCACCUUCCACCCCUUCUGAGCCACUACUAUUCAAGCAGAGAUUUGGCCCAACACAGCAACCUUGUCUUUGGAAGUUUAUAUCGUUCUGCAUUUUGUCCCAUGCUGAAAAUGUGAAGUAAUCCUAGUGUAUAUUCAAGUCAGAAAGUAAUAUAUUUAAGGUGUGUAAAGUGAAUCUCCUAUAGUGGUGGAUGAAGAAAUUCUUAUUUCUUACAGCCUUUAAGCAGCAAAAUUAAAACUUGGGCUGUCAUCUUUGAACUGCUUAACAAAAUACAGAUCAUUAUUCAUUUUUGAAAAGAAACAAAUUCACUUAUUUUUUUUCCCCCAACAUGAUAGCAUUUCUACCUAGGUUGUAGUGCUACCUUUUAAAAUGCACUCACUCAUAGUUGUUAAGAACUGGAAAUUUCCCAUCCUCAGAUUCCUUAAAGGAAGAGUGUGCUGUACAUUUAGCAUACUUGCCCCUGAAGUAUGCAAGGACUACUGAUCGAAGUCUAUUUUGCUGUGUCUGGUUAUGUUGUCUGCACUUUUAUGAAAUUGCUACAGUAGAUCUACAUUGGAAAUCAUUUAAUUUGUAAAGAAGUUUUAUUAUAUUAAACACUGUCUAGAAAAACAAAGUGAAGCUGAGAACUCUUCCUUUAUUGUCAUAUUUCCUACUGAAUUCUGAUAGCAUCUGUUAAAGUUGUAAUGACUAAUUUUUUCUGUCUUGCUUAUAUUCAGAUUUCAAAAAUUUCCUUCAUAUAUAGGAAGAGAAUCCAUUUGGCCUGAUGGUAGUCUUCAGAUCAUAAUACAUGAAUUAGUAGCACCUUAUCUGCCUAUUGUGGGCUUCUUAAACUUGCACUUCCCACCCACCCAAAGACGCAUAUCUUUUAAAGAAAUUAAAGGCAGAGAAUUAAACGUGUGGAGCCAUGUACUAUGUCACCAUCACUGUUAAUUGUUUCCCAGCAAUCCAAACUUCUGAAAUUUCACAGAUUUUUUUUGUGUGGGAGGGUGUAUGUGUCUGAUUGUAUUUUUGUUUGUUUUAUUUUUAAAUAUACAAGGGGUUCUUUAGAGAAAAAGAUUAAUCCUUUCAAACAGCAGGAUGCCCACCAGAUACACUAAUCCAAACAUCCGUAGGUAGUUUGCCAUGACAAAGUGGAGAGAAGGUGAGUCUCCUGAAUUAAUGAAAAAGGGUAUCUUGAUGCCCAAGAAUUCCCCUCAAAGUACGGGUAAUUCAACCUGCACAGUUUCCUUUUACUCACAGUUUUUAGCAAUUGUGAGUGAAAAAUCAUGUAAUUAUCUGUAAAUAUGUAGCUAACAAAUUGACCUAGUUUCUGUAUUUUUUUGGUUUUGUACUAAAGUUUAUAGGUCUGUGCCAGCUAGAGAGGAGUUACUGUCAUUGCCAGUUGUGGUUCUAGCAUCUAACCCUGAAACCAUCCUAGGUGACAUUUUUAGAAUUAAUGCUUAAAUGUUGUUAAACAGGGGGAAAUGAAGCUUAAUCAUUGGUCAGGUUUGAAAUUUUUUAAGCUAAGUAACUUUAUUUAAUAUAAUGAUUACACAUCCUCAGUCAUGAGUGAGGUAGGAGCCUCCCUCCCCCAGUGGCCAUGUUUACAGAAGUGUGUUUUGUCUAUAAAGUGCACAAGUGUGUUACUGUUUAUGUAAAUUAUGCAGUUGAUAACAUUAUGGUUUGGGACUUUUUAUGGGCUCUUUACCUGAAUUUUCAAAUGAAAUGAACUAUGCUUAUUGCUGGCACAUUUAUCCCAUUUCUGGAACAUUUUUCUAAUUCCAGAAUUACAUAUGUUCCUUAAACAUUAUCCCUAUUUAACCUCCCUAUCUCUGAUAGGCCUUGUAGCCAAGGUAUUAAAGACUGGUGAACAUAGAUGAGGGAAAUGCAUUUCUUAAAAAUCCAUGAGCCCUCAGUUGUAUGCUUUCAGUACUUGUGUUAUAUGUGUCUAUGGCUACUUUGAAGUCGGUGGUUUAGAAAUGAGAUACCAAUGUUAAUGAAAAGUGUGUACUCUUUGCUUUUGCAUGGCUUGGCUUAGUAUCCAAGGUAUAUUAGAGCCACUUGAAAGCAUGAAGACCAGUUAUAUGGGAACAGGUUUCUCUCAGUGGCACAUUUUACUUUUCCUUAACCCUCAAAUACAUUGUCUAAGCAUGAACAUUAUUAUUACUAUGAAUUGUACACGGUCAUAGAGUGAAUUAUGUAAUUUAAAAGGAUACAGCUACCUAUUGUUUGUAGUUUCUGGCUGGUCUGUGUGACCAUUUGGCACAUAUCAAAAAACCCUUGAGGGGUGUUGGAACCCUUCGAGCCCUUUUUGGGGGGUCAUAAACAGGUGUAUUUAGUUUACCAAGAUGUUGGAUGCCUCUGGUGUAUUGCCAGAGAAGUUGUCUUUUGGUGCCCAUUCCAAAUGUGCCGUUGUGCUUCCUUACCUUUCAUACUAUCAAAGAAACCACCACCCCUUCUUCUAACAGCAUUUUUUGCCUUUUAUUCCACAUUAAAUGGGAAUUGUGCCUACUUAGAGUGCCCCUCCAAUUAAUUACAUGUGUCCCAAAAUUAUCCAAGCUAGAGACACAAGGAAGAAAA